CAAAUUGUCCCCCGCCUCGUUCCCAUGGUUACCAAGCGUCUUUUUUCCCCCCUCUUACCACUGCUGUGUUGUUGCCGAGUUUUAACUCCGUAACAGCGACGAUAAUCUUAUUCCUUCUCACCCGUUGUGUAAUUUCUCUGCUCGCGUGGUGCCAUGGAGGACAUAGACAUCGGGGACGUGAGGAAAUCGACUGCGAGAGCAGGCAGGCGAGCACGACGCCCAGAAACACAGGAGGCCACAGACGCCAUUCCCCCACCCAGCGACCGUGGUUCCGCUUCAGCCAGCAGCCAGGAGGAUGAAAACGAAGAGUCUCCUGGACCCCCACCCAAGCCGUCACGACGCCAUGGAGGGUGGGCCCAGGACUCGGCAGGGUCGGCCAGGUCGGGAAAAAUACGGAGUGCUGGAUCGGUGGAUGUGGAGGACACCAGAUUGCGGCAGGCCAGCCCAGAGCCAUCUGAAGACGGAGCAGACAUCCCCGUUAUACCCGACCUGGAUGAUAUGCAAGAAGACGACCUGACCGCCCAGGUGGCUGCCCCACCCAGCAUGCAGGUGAACCGUGUAAUGACUUUCAAGGAUCUUGACUCGGACCUCAUGACGCACGCUGCUUUCCAGACACUGGAUGGGGACAUUGACCUGAAAUUGCUCACCCGAGUCUUGGCCCCAGAGCCUGAGAUCAGAGAGGAUGACGGGCCCUGGGACUGGGCCCUGCUCUACACCGAGGUGUCGUCGGAGCUCACAAGCGAAUGGGAGGGUGCCGGCGCCACCCCCAGUGUCCCCGAGAGGCCCAGCUCGAGGCUUCCUUCCGUGUCCGCUCGCGCCAAACACAUGUCUCUUCCAGCGCACACCUGAUCAGCACAGGCGCUGUGUCCUAUAAGUCCUCGCUUUUUUAAAGUUAACAGGUGUCCAAUUAGUGAUUGCCUACAUUUUUUGAAGUGAGGAUGUAAUCCCUAUCUUUUGUGUUUUUCAAAUUCGAAUGAGUUAAUAAUUGUCGAGUCAUAUGCAAAGAUUUUCUGUGUCGCCUGCAUAGAAAGUUCUGCGCGGAUAGGUUCACGACCCUAUUUUCUGUACUGCCAUCUGCAGGCCACGUCACAUUCCAGUGGGUUUAGAUAUAUCACAAAGCUACAUGAGACAUCAUUUAUUUAAUUUACUGGAUUGCAGACGUGCACCACAAUACUCGGCUUGAUGUAUUUCAGUAUAAUGUCACUGAUUAUUGGCACCCAAGAUCCAGUGUUGUAAACUCUACGUUAUUAUGGCAGAGACCGGUUUCUGUAUCUGACAUCUGCUGUAGACUUCACACAAAUUGGUACCCAGAAUUUGAACUGAAAACUGUCCUGUCUUGAGCUAAGCACUGACAAGUAUUACCUUGCUAUGGUUAUAUUAUUUUUUCAUUACUAAUUAAAAAUGUUAAAUUUCGAUUUAAAGCUUUCGUGACUGCAAGGAUUCAUCUUCUUUGGUUCUUUCGGCAAAGUCCCGUAGAAUGAGAAUAAAAUAAUACAUUCA